UCUGUUUGUGGUGCUGAACCAACGCCUGUGUUGUGUUUCCAUUGAGCGAACCUCCAUCCUCCGGGCUCCUCCGCGUUCCUCCUCUUCCCUCGACCAUGCCGCUUUGAGUGCGUGUCCCCCCCGCCAGCAGCUCGCACCCGGGACGGCGUCAGAGACAUGUCGUUGUAGCGGAGGUGUGCGAUGGAUGAGUAGUGUUUGUAUUUGCAGGAGCAGUAUGGAGUCGGUGCGCUGUCCCAUCCUCAUCGCUGCAUUGGCCGUCAGCCUCUGCUCCUCACCUGCCCUCGGUGACAGGAAAUUUGGUUGCCUGUUUGAAGACGAGCUCUGUGCACCGUACGAGUUCUGCGUCAAUGACGGGGUGUUUGGAAGGUGCCAGGAGUUGGCCGGUGCACACCUGUACACGUACGAUAUUUCUCCCUCUGCUCUGCAGCGCCUCAGGAUCCUCCUGCAGAAACUGGCUCACAGAGGUCUGACAUGGCAGGACGACAUCACUCAGCAGGUUAUCUCCAGAGAGCUCUCCAAACUGAGGAAUGUCCCCCUCCGCCAUCAGGCCACGCCUCUGAACCCCUCUGACCGCCCGAAUGCCUUCAGCAGCUCCCGAGACAGAAAACUGAGGCCUGCGCAGGUGGAGCUGAGCAAAAACCUUCAGCGUUACCUGACGGGUCUGGGCUUCCUGCCUCAGGCCGAGGUGGACGGACUACGAGAGGGAGCCAGAGUUCAGAAUGAAGACAUCAAGUCUGAUGGGUCUUCGGAGCCCGGCUGGCCAAAACCCCAGCAGGGCUGGAAGGAAACCACUGUCUACAGCCUUCAGAAAGGAGCCGAACAUCCUCCUGUCACCAAAGUCUUUACACAGAGUGGAGAGGGCAGGCACCCCAAGCUCAGUGCAACCUUCUCCAACCAAGACCAGGGAAGGAGCAAGCUGCUCUCCAGUCAUCUAGAGCGGCUUCUUGCCGAGGCACCAGUUGCUCAGCAGGCCUCCCCGGGUGCAGAGGCUUCCUGGCCCAAAGGAAAACUCCAUUACCUGAGUUACAUCCGGCCGGCUCAGAAUGAACAGGCAAAGCUGCAGCCUCAGGAGGCUUUUGGCUCCAAAAGCCAGAUGCCUAAUCUUGACAGGCUGCUGUUCAAGGCCGGUACAAACCGACUGGGUGCCAAAGAACCUCUUAGUGUCAUGGAUGAGCGGUUCAUCCAGAAUGUUGUGAAUCAGUUGGGAAGGCACAGCAUCAACAUAGAGGCUUUAAUGGGCAAAGACCUGGACCAGCUGGCUGAAGUCAUCACAGGAGCUCUGCAGGAGGUGGACGAGCAGCAGCCCGCCGUUGGGGCGCGGCCAGGGGAAGGAGUUGCUGUCUCCAGGGGGGACAUGGAAGUCAACAUGGAGCCGGCAGCAGAUAUGCAACUGAAUCAAGACCAGGACCUGAAAUCAGACAAAGGGCAGGAACCAAACCAGAAAGACACACAGACAAUGAAACAACAAGGCCAACAAAUAGACGGUGCCGACAAAGAGCCCGUUGACAAGCAUGCAGCCUUCUUCUCCAAGCUGCUGGACUACCUCAACCUGGAGCCCUUCGGUGAUGCUCCGGAGGUCAGCGUCGGCCCACCAGCCCCCCUCCAGAAAAUGGUCGGACUGGAGAGCGUCCAGAGCCGGACAACCCAGGGCCAAGUUCCUGUACCCCACCGCUGGGUGGAGAAGACAGUAGUUACGCCUGCAAAAGAGGGCACCACGCUGCGGUUAACCGGUGGUGCGGAGGGCCCAGACGCACACGUGGACUCAGAGAUCGAGAGGUUGAUGCAGGGGAUUCAGGCCCCGGCGGGGAAGAAGCAGCUGGAGGAGCCAGAGAAGAAGGACAUGAAAGUCAAAACUCAGCUGGUCCACGUGGGGGUGAAAGAGUUCUCCAGCAGAGGGAAGGACAGACACUUUGGCUACAUCAUCACCGGAACAGAGUGA